ACGAAAAAAUACCGACAUUGAUGACAUUGAUAUUUGCGGAUAGCUAACGUCUAUCUCUACACAUAUCGUUACAUAUAAGUAAAAUACGAUUUCAUGAGUGGUCGCUAACAUUUAUUAAAAGAAAAACAAAGUGGCACACAUCCCCCUCCCUUUAACUAGCUAGCUAGCUCAGCAUAGUCUCGGCUACUGUGUUAGCUAGCUAGCUACUUCCCUGCCUUUUUGUGCUCUCUGGCUCUGCUUUGUUGCAGAUUUAUAUCAAAAACACAGAUGUGGUAACACAACAGAAAAGCUCUUGUGAAACGCUGGGGUUCUUGGAGUGGCCAAAUUCUUCCUGGAUCUGAGUGUUAAAUUCAGAAGACUGAAGCCCAGGCUCACAGUCUACCUUUCACGGAGGCCCAGCCGUGAGAGGACAGAGGAAGGCACGUGGCAAAUCAUGACUGCUGACAAAGAGAAGGACAAGGAGAGGGACAGAGACAGGGACAAGAGGGAGAGGACAAGGGACACUGAGAGCUCAAGGCCUCGCCGCAGCUGUACUCUAGAAGGCGGAGCCAGGAACUAUGCUGAAAGUGACCACAGUGAGGAUGAGGACAACGAGAAUGCGAGUGUGAUCACGGAGGAGCCCAGCAAGAAACACAAGAAGAAGACUCCCAAGAAGAAGUCCCGUUAUGAGCGCACCGAGAAUGGCGAAAUCACCUCGUUCAUUACAGAGGACGAUGUCGUUUACCGACCUGGUGAUUGUGUGUACAUUGAGAGCCGACGACCCAACACUCCAUACUUCAUAUGUAGCAUUCAAGACUUUAAAUUGAGUAAACGGGACCACCUUCUCAUGAAUGUGAAAUGGUAUUACCGCCAGUCUGAGGUCCCAGACUCCGUGUACCAGCAUCUGGUGCAGGACCGCAACAAUGAGAAUGUUUCUGGCCGUGAGCUGGUCAUUACUGAUCCAGUGGUGAAGAGUCGGGAGCUCUUCAUCUCCGACUACGUGGACACAUAUCACGCUGCUGCUCUUAGAGGCAAAUGUACCAUUGCCCAUUUUUCUGAUAUUUUUGCUGCUAGGGAGUUCAAAGCCUGCAUUGACUCCUUCUUUUAUAUCUUAGGAUAUAACCCAGAGACCAGGCGACUGAACAGCACGCAAGGGGAAAUCCGAGUGGGUCCCAGUCACCAAGCCAAGCUUCCCGAGCUGCAGGCCUUCCCACCUCUGAGCAGCCAGCCUGUGACUGAGAAUGAAGAGCUGGUCUGGAUGCCAGGGGUCAAUGACUGUGACUUGCUCAUGUAUUUGCGAGCAGCCAGGAGCAUGGCUGCGUUUGCAGGAAUGUGUGAUGGAGGUUCGACAGAGGACGGAUGUUUAGCUGCUUCACGCGAUGAUACAACACUAAAUGCAUUAAAUACUCUACAUGAAUGUAACUAUGAUGCAGGGAAGGCCCUCCAGCGUCUGGUCAAGAAACCUGUGCCCAAGCUAAUUGAAAAGUGCUGGUCUGAGGAUGAGGUGAAACGGUUCAUUAAAGGCCUAAGGCAGUACGGAAAGAACUUCUUCAGGAUUCGGAAGGAACUGCUCCCCAACAAGGAAACGGGCGAGUUGAUUACGUUCUAUUACUACUGGAAGAAGACCCCGGAGGCUGCAGGGUCACGGGCUCAUCGUCGACAUCGCAGGCAGCCCAUUUUCCGCAGGAUCAAGACGCGCACGGCUUCCACUCCCGUCAACACUCCCUCCCGGCCCCCAUCCAGCGAGUUCUUGGAUCUCAGCUCAGCCAGUGAGGAUGACUUUGACAGUGAGGACAGCGAGCAGGAGCUGAAGGGCUACGCCUGCCGGCACUGCUUCACCACCAGUGAGCUCUCACCUCCCCAGCUCCUCAUCAGUACUGUCUCUCUCAAGCCACCACCCUUAGUCAUACUUAGAUCCUCUUAGGCGUUUAAAAAAUUUUCUGCUGCUACUAUUUUUUUGUGUGUAAUUUGUUCAGCAGGAACAUAUUCUGAGCAGUAGAUGAUUCAGUGGCUUAUUUGGUUAGCACUCUGGUCUCUCGCUCUCUAGGUUGUGAGUUUGAUUGUUACCCUGCCUCUGCUUGGAUGGAGUUUGCACGUUAUUUAGUAUUUGGUACAGAGUCUACACAGCUGUCGGUAACGCCAUUGGCUCCGGUUGGGCCCUGUCGGUAACGCCAUUGGCUCCGGUUGGGCCCUGUCGGUAACGCCAUUGGCUCCGG